GUUUGCUUCAAUGGUGAGCCUAUUGGUUAAGAUCAGUAGUCAGUAGUGGAGUUAGAUUAUAUUUGACGCGAAUUCCUUUUAAUUGAUAAUAAGUUAUGAUAUCUUCUGAGAAUGUUAUAAUGUACGAACAGCAUGCACACAGUGUAUAGUGAUCAAGAAUUGGAGCAAAUAUAUAUAUAUGGUUUAUUUUGUAACAAACUAAUAUAGUACCCUAAGUUAGUCAAACUCAAAGUAUCCGAUCUUAGAAGUUAGACUACAAAUCACAGUUUCGACCACACACGAUCAUACAUAUGCAGUGUCACUGAAUGUCAGUGCCAAAUAUCUGUGCCCAACUCUCUUUUGAAAUUAAAUUUGGAGCCAGAAUAAUUCAGGUACCAUCACUUAUACCUUCAUCAACACAUUCUACAUGGAAGUACUUCAGAUAAAAUAAAAACAGGCUUAGUUUUGUUUCCUACAUGAGAGAAAGAAAACAUCUUUAUUAAGUGCAGUUUUUACCUUUUAUAAUUACAAGAAAGUCAAAACAAAAGGUUACUCUGCUGAAUGAUCCUGCUACUCUUAAGAUUAUGGCAGAUCCAUAAAGAGUGUUGUUAGAACAGUCCUUUUUUUUUAUCCACUUUGAAGAAUGUUUGCUGCAGCCAGUCGAGAUUCGGAACCCAUUUAUGAUUUUGAAAAUGAAGAAAGUGCAUUGAAAUGGAAAGGAUUACUUACAAGUGCCUUGCAGAAGGUCCAGUUUCAAGUCCAUCCAACUUUGACUGCUAAGGAUGGUGCUCUCAAGUAUGUUGAAUCUCUUAUAUUUCGCUUAUUGGGGAUGCUUUCAGCAGCUCAACCCCAUACAAUACAGGAUGUGGAGGAAAGAGUGCAGAAAACCUUUCCUCACCCCAUUGACAAAUGGGCCAUUGCAGAUGCUCAGAGUGCCAUAGAAAAAGGCAAAAAAAAGUCUCCUCUUGUGUUGCCUGUUGAAAGAAUUCAUCCAUUACUGCAAAAAGAGGUUCUAGGCUACAAAAUAGACAUGCAGAUGACACAGUACAUUGUUGCUGUUUUGGAAUACAUAUCUGCAGACAUACUUAAGUUGGCAGGAAACUAUGUGAAAAACAUUCGUCACUCAGAAAUUACCUGUCAAGAUGUGAAAGUUGCAAUGUGUGCAGAUAAGGUGUUGAUGGACAUGUUUUAUAAAGAUGAAGAUGUUUCCUUAAGCAUGGAAGAGGAGCCUAGUAGAAGAACAUCGUUAACACAUGAUGAAGUGAUUAAAGACUUGAUUCAUGAGGAAAAACAAUACAUCCGUGACCUGAGCAUGAUCAUCAAAGUUUUUAGAGAUUCCCUUACUCCUAUUGUCCAUACAAAAAAAGUAAGAGAACUGGACACUAUUUUCAGCAACAUCACUGAGAUUUAUGAUGUCUCUGUCAAUUUGCUUGGGUUAUUUGAAGAUGCUGUGGAGAUGUCAGAUGAAAGGAGGAGUCCUGCUAUUGGUUCAUGCUUUGAAGAAAUGGCAGAGGAUGCAGAAUUUGAUGCUUAUGAGAAAUAUGCAAGAGAAAUUUGGUCAUCUCGAAGUAAAGAAACAUUAAUGUCUCUUCUACAGUGUCCUGAUGUUGUUCCUUGCUUACAUACUGCAGGACAUGGAUUUAUCUUGGCUGUAAAGUAUGUUCUGCCACAGCUACUCUUUGGUCCAAUACUUCAUUGUUUCCACUACUUUGACUCAAUCAAGGUUCUGAAGAAGUUAACUCCUUUAGAUGAAGACAGAGAAAGUCUUCAACAAGCUGAGGGUUUGUUGCAGCCUCUUAAAGUGGAACUAGAGAGAAUAUUUGGCAGUACAUUACCUAAAAAGAAAGCAGGGGAAUCCUUCUUCCGAAUAAAUGGUAGGAUGAGCCGUCAGGCUGCUCUUCAGAAGAUGAAUGAACUUCAGAAAAGUAUAGAUGGUUGGGAGGGAAAAGAUAUUGGUCAGUGUUGCAACGAAUUUAUUAUGGAGGGUGUGCUUGGGAAAGUGGGCUCAGGGAAAAGGUUGACUGAGCGUCAUGUGUUCCUUUUUGAUGGUUUAAUGGUUUUAUGUAAGCCUAAUAACAAACGAACUAGUGUGACAGGGCCUGUUGGAGAGUUCCGUCUUAAAGAACGUUAUUUGCUUAGAAAAAUAGAAGUAAUAGACAGAGAAGACACAGAUGAACUCAAAUUUGCCUUUGAAAUAGCUCCUAGAGACCAACCUCACAUUAUAUUGUUUGGUAAGAGUCUAGAAGAAAAAUCUAUCUGGAUGGCUAAUCUCAUUCUUUUAGAUACAAGAAGUAUGCUAGAAAGAACUCUAGACAGCAUCCUCUUAGGUGAAGAGAAGAAACAUCCUCUGAGGUUACCUCCUCCUGAAGAGUACAGGUUUGCAGUUGAGGACUCUGAAAGCAACAUAAUCUUUGAAGAGGGCAAGACAAAUGCUGGAGUACCACUGAUCAAAGGAGCCACGCUACUGAAGCUGGUAGAGAGACUGACCUAUCACAUGUAUGCUGAUCCCAUGUUUGUGCGCACAUUUCUGACAACGUUUCGAUCUUUCUGUCAACCCCAAGAGCUGCUAGAUCUACUUAUUGAAAGAUUCAAUAUUCGAGAAUUACCACCACCUUCAACUUUGGUAAAUGGGGUGAUUGAUGGAAUGGAGCAAGAAAACUUGAGGAACUCGUACCGUGAAGAUCUGAAACGGUUUAGGAAAGAAUAUAGUCAACCUGUGCAACUUAGGUAAACUGUUAUUUCUGAUCCCUAUAUUGAAGGAAUAUAUUUAGACAUUAGUUCUGUUAUUUACUGAAGUGAAGAGCAGGGAUAGAAAGUUUCUGUAUCUUAUUAUAAUAAUAAUAACAUAACUGAAAGCAAAAUAUGAUCAUAAGUAUGAUAAUGAAGGUUUAUAGGUACUUCUAAUGACUGAACAACCCAGUGACUUGUAUGUGCUAGAUCAGUACUGGGCUGGUGUUAGUUUGUAGCAUAAAGAAGAGUAGCAAUACAUCUGUC